AUGGAUGAAACCGUACCACAUGUAAGUGCAAAUCGUGCCGUUCGCGUAACCGCGGGAAUUGCACAAAAUCUGAACAUACCGUCCUUGGGAGCAAUGGGAGAUUCAUUCUACGAGUACCUCAUCAAGUCUUGGCUACAAUCGGGCAAGAAAAAUAAGCAAGCACGAAGGAUGUACUGGGAUGUCAGCAAAGCUAUUCAAGAGCAGAUGAUAUUUAAAUCUAAAUCUGGACUGACUUACCUAGCCGACCUCCAUGAUGGCCUUCCUCACCAUGAAAUGGGACACCUGGCUUGUUUCUCAGUUGGAUUGUUCGCACUUCAAGCGGUCAAUGAAAGAUCGUACACUGAGCGAGAAACUACUAUGAAACUUGCUGAAGAACUAGGACGAACUUGCCAUGAAAGCUAUAUAAGAUCACCUACACGAAUUGGACCAGAUUUAUUCUAUUUUAACGAAGUAGAUGACGCUACCAGCAAAUUUGGCAGGAACCAUUACAUACUUCGGCCAGAAGUAAUCGAAGGAUUUUUCUAUUUGUGGAGGUUGACCAGAAAAAAGAUGUAUCGUGACUGGGUGUGGGAUGCUAUUCAAGCAAUCGAUAAAUACUGUCGGGUCGAGGGCGGAUUUUCAGGAAUCUACAAUGUUUAUAAUCCAUCGGUGGGUUAUGAUGAUGUCCAGCAAUCAUUUUUCCUCGCCGAAACCUUGAAAUAUGCCUACUUGACAUUUGUGGAUAACUCGGUGAUAUCACUAGACAGUUGGGUAUUCAACACAGAAGGGCAUCCUCUCCCUGUAAUGGCUUAG